AUGUUUUGUAGUCAUUUCUUGUCAACCAGGCUCAGCUCAAAGGCGGCCAUGUUCCAGCUUUGGUGCAGCAGCUCUUCCCGUCCGCAGCUCCCUCCGAGCAGAAGCAGAGUCGGAAGCGGCGUCGGCUGUGAGGGCCAUGUGGCCAUGCGCAUUUUCUUGCGUCAGAUGGAUGGCAUUGACACGGGUGGCUGCGGCACUAGCUGGCGGAGUGGCCUUCGGGGAGUCGGUUCACUUGGCGAUGUGGAUGACCGUUCGUGCCACGUUGCGCACGCGCCGGGUGAGAAAGAUCACGCGUCGCCAGUGGGCUAUCUCUCUGAGAAACAACUGGAGUGGCACCUUUGUAUGACAUGCGCAACCUGA